GGCGAGAGAACCGGAGCCCGCGCAUGCGCGACGCCCGGCCUCGAAGACGUUGCUUUCUUCCUUGAGGCAGUGAUCAGUAAUCAACAUGUCAGGGUGGGACUCUUACUACAAAAACGAGGGCCAUGAAGAAGAAGAAGGAGAAGAAGAAGAAGAGGGCCUUGAAGCAGGCAGAGAAUAUGGAUAUUCAGGAAGAGAUAGUUUGAUUUUUUUGGUUGAUGCUUCUAGGGCCAUGUUUGAAUCUCAGGGUGCAGAUGAAUUAACUCCUUUUGACAUGAGCAUCCAGUGUAUUCAGAGUGUGUACACCAAUAAGAUCAUAAGCAGUGAUCAAGAUCUCCUGGCAGUGGUGUUCUUUGGGACCAAGAAGGACAAAAAUUCAGUGAAUUUCAAAAAUAUUUACGUCUUACAGGAGUUGGAUACUCCAGGUGCUCAACGAGUGGUGGCGCUUGACGAGUUUAAGGGGCAGCAGGGACAGACACGUUUCCAAGACCAAAUUGGCUACGGAUGUGACUACUCACUAAGCGAAGUGCUGUGGGUCUGUGCCAACCUCUUCAGUGAUGUCCAGGUCAAGAUGAGCCAUAAGAGGAUCAUGCUGUUCACCAAUGAAGAUGACCCCCACGGCAGUGACAGUGCCAAAGCCAGCCGAGCCAGGACCAAAGCCGGGGAUCUCCGGGACACAGGUAUCUUCCUGGACUUGAUGCACCUGCGGAAACCCGGGGGCUUUGAUAUAUCCUUAUUCUACAGAGAUGUCAUCAGCGUAGUGGAGGAUGAGGACCUUGGUGUUCACUUCGAGGAAUCGAGCAAGCUGGAAGACCUGCUGCGGAAGGUUCUGGCCAAGGAGACCAGGAAGCGGGCCCUGUGCAGGUUGAAGCUUAAGUUCAAUAAAGAUAUAGCACUCACUGUCGGCAUUUAUAAUACGGUCCAGAAAGCAGUCAAACCUUCUCCAGUGAGGCUUUAUCGGGAAACAAAUGAGCCAGUGAAAACCAAGACCCGGAGAUUUAAUGUAAAUACAGGCAGUUUGCUUCUGCCUAGUGACACCAAGAGGUCUCAGACCUUUGGGAAGCGUCAGAUUGUACUGGAGAAAGAGGAAACGGAAGAGCUCAAACGGUUUGAUGAACCAGGUUUGAUCCUCAUGGGUUUCAAGCCCUUGGUGAUGCUGAAGAAGCACCAUUACCUGCGGCCCUCCCUGUUCGUGUACCCCGAGGAGUCCCUGGUGAAUGGGAGCACAACCCUGUUCAAUGCGCUGCUCACCAAGUGUCUGGAGAAGGAUGUUGUGGCAGUGUGCAGAUACACCCCUCGCCAGAACAUCCCCCCUUAUUUUGUGGCCUUGAUACCACAGGAAGAGAAGCUGGAUGAUCAGAAAGUUCAAGUGACUCCUCCAGGUAUGUGGAAGAGAGAUUUUCUGUGCUUCUUAAUUUUUUAUUUUUUAAUUUACAUGUGUUGUUAUUGUUUUAACAGAAGUGACAGCUUUGAGAAUCCAGUGCUGCAGCAGCACUUUAGGAACCUGGAGGCCUUGGCUUUGAAUAAGAUGGAGCCUGAACAAGCAGUAGACCUGACAAUGCCCAAGAUUGAAGAAAUGGAUGAAAGACUUGGCUCUCUGGUCGAUGAGUUUAAGGAACUUGUCUACCCACCAGAUUAUGAUUCUAAGGGAAAAGCUCCCAGGGAGAAACAAGGUAGUGAAGAUUCUGGAAGCAAAAGGCCCAAGGUAGAAUUUUCUGAAGAGGAGCUGAAGGCCCAUGUCAACAAGGGCACACUGGGGAAACUCACUGUGCCGAUGCUCAAGGAAGCCUGCAGGGUUUUGGGGCUGAAGGGUGGGAUGAAGAAGCAGGAGCUGCUGGACAUGCUCACCAAGCACUUCCAGGACUGACUAGAGACUAGCCAGCCAGCCACCCUUCCACACUGUAGCCAGGUUGCCUAGUUUUGUUCUCUUCAAAUUAAACAAUGUUUCUCCUGAGCUAGGAAGAGUAGGCCUGCAAAAGCCAAGGAUUUUACCUUUAUGAGACUUUCUGUUGCUGUGGAGACAGCAUAGCCUUUGCACUUUGCUGUACUGUACUGUCUGAAUAAAGAGCCUUAACUUUGUUAUUAUA